AUGGCACAUCACUUUUCCCACCUGCCGGCGAACAUUCCGGGGAAGCCCACACCCUUCUCAUUUCGAGUUUCCGACCAGGAUCUUUCAGAUUUCAACGAACUCAUCAGGAUCUCUAGGAUUGGGCCGACGACGUGGUGGAACCAACAGAACAACGGCCAAUUCGGCGUCACUCGAGAAUGGCUGAUUCAGGCCAAAAGUACUUGGCUUGGGACUUUUGACUGGCGUAAACACGAGGAGCACAUCAAUACAUUCCCGAACUAUAAGAUCGACGUUGAAGAUCCAGAGGUCGGGGGGUUCAAUAUCCACUUCGCAGCACUUUUUUCUCUGAGAAAAGAUGCAGUUCCCAUCAUCUUUAUGCACGGUUGGCCGGGUUCUUUCCUUGAGUUCCUUCCUAUGAUGGAGCUGUUAGUGAAGAAAUACACACCGGAUACGCUGCCUUAUCACAUCAUCGUACCAUCCUUACCAGAUUACGGACUCUCGUCUGGUCCUACCCAGAACGUCGAAGUAACCCUAGAGCAGGCUGCACGAGCCAUGAACCAGCUUAUGAUCGACCUAGGAUUCGGUCAUGGAUAUGUUGCCCAGGGUGGUGAUGUCGGCUUCAUGUUAGCUCGACUGAUGUCUACCCGGUUCAGCGAAUGCAGAGCUUUCCAUGUCAAUAUACUUAGCUUAAACCUAGAAGAUGAGGUAGACACCACUGAGAAGCUAAGCAUUGAAGAGCGUCAGCAACUUGAAAGGGCAGAGGUGUGGCAAAAAACGGGCUCGGCGUACGCUUUCGAGCAUGGGACCCGUCCCGCCACAAUCGGAUUGGCUCUAUCUUCGAGUCCCCUUGCUAUGCUCCCUUGGAUCGGUGAGAAGUUCCUAGAGUGGGUUGAUGAUCGAGAGCCGUUGCCUCUUGACACAAUCUUGUACAUGGUCAGCUUUUACUGGUUUACAUCUACCUAUCCACGUAGCCUAUAUCCAUACCGAGCACUCGUGGGUAGUGAUAGAUUAUCCGCCGCGCUCCCUAUCUCGAAAAACAAGCCGCUUGGGUAUUCGGCUUUUCCACGCGAGCAGGCUAUCUUACCCAAGGCCUGGGCAGAACAGGUCUACCCAAACCUUGUAUUUUAUAAAGCACACUCUAAGGGAGGGCAUUUCGCUGCAUUGGAGCAACCGACGACCUUUUUAAAAGAUAUCGAGGAUUUCAUACAACUUUUAGCAUGA